AGAUGCCCGCUGAGCCAUGCUGAGUCCCCGCGGGUCAGGGUUGGGGCGGCUGUUGCUGCUCCUGCGAGGGGUCCUGGUGGCUGUGGGAGGCCGGGGCUGCGGUGGCGGCCGGAGCAACUUCUCAGCUAUGUCUUCACAAUCUAGCUGGUUGAGCACCGAAGAAAGGAACCAAGCUUUAUAUGAUCUUAAAGCUGCUGGCUGGACUGAGCUCACUGAAAGAGAUGCUAUAUUCAGAGAAUUCGUAUUCAAAACCUUUAAUCAGGCAUUUGGUUUUAUGACUCGGGUAGCACUUCAGGCUGAAAAGAUGAAUCAUCAUCCUGAAUGGUUUAAUGUGUACAAUAAGGUCCAGAUAACACUCAUUUCCCAUGACUGUGGUGGCCUGACAAAGCGAGAUGUCAAGCUGGCUCAAUUUAUUGACAAAGCUGCUGUGUCUUGUCUAACAACUGGGUGCUAAAAUAAUCAUACAAAAUGUCUAUAAUUUGUUUAUUUAGUCUUCUCUCUUAAAAAUAGUUUAUCCUCAAAUUUCUUCAUUCCUGCAGAAGCUUUUGCAUAGAUACAUAAAUUUUUUAUCAAAUAGAGAAAAUACUAAAAUUGUUGCAUUAAAAAGUUGAGUUUGUUUAGUCUGUGUAUCAUUGACAAGUGACAAUUUGGGCAGGAAUUCCUCCAAAGAAGAAUGAUUUGAGCUUAUUAGUAGGUCAGGUUUGCAUCUUAUGUACCCUGUGCUGUAUUUUAUCUUUUAGAUUCUAUACAAACUCAAUUUCAUUGAGGACUGCCAGGGUUGUGUGUGACCUCGGGGUGUGUGGCCAGGGGGCGUGGCGAGUUCGAUAUCACUUAUGUCAAAGUCGCCUGUAGUGGCCCAGGCGCUCGCUCUGCCAGUGAAAAUUGGCUCCCGAGCUCCGUUUCUGGCUGCAACGGAUUCCUGCAUCCCUCUGCCAGCGAAAAUGGAGCUCGAGAGGGCUGCACGUGGCCCUCCCGAGCUCCGUUUACGCUUGCAGAAGCAUUGCAGACUGGUCCUUCAUUGUUUCCAGGGCAGCCCCAGAGGCCACAUCUAAGCACCCUAAGCCCGCAGACCUUGGGUUUGACAUGUCUGCUAUAGAUAAUGACAAUGGAACAGUUCAACAUGAACAUCUGAAUUUUUAUUCAAUAAUGAAUGUGAGGGGUCCAGUGACCCUAUAUUAAUAUGUAUAAUUGCAAGGAAUAUAGCUGAGAGAAAAUCUCCCUUGCUGUAGUUAUAUAGAUGCACUUUCCACUUGUUUAAACUUUCAG